AACUCUAUCUUUUAUGGACUCGGUAAAAAGAAAAGAGUAGAAGAAAUGCAAUUCAAUUAAAGCUGCUUUCAACUUUCAAGAAUCAAUCUUUCAUUGAAGAGCAGUAGUAGAAGAGCUUUGCCAGAUCAGAUAUAGGAAGCAACAAAUCUAUUCCAAAAAUUGCAAAAACAUGGAUGCUUUAAGGAAACAAGCUAGCAAGCUAAGAGAACAAGUCGCCAAACAACAACAGGCAGUCAUCAAGCAGUUCAGUGCAACUGGUUAUGAAAGUUCAGAUGUUAUCGUCAUUGAUGAGGUAGAGAUGCAAUUACAUCACCAACUGGACAAGUUGUAUAAGUCUACCCGUGAAAAAAGGGAUUUCCAGAAAGAGAUUGUUAAGGCAGCUGAAACAUUUACAGCUAUAGGAUACAAGCAUAUAGAAGCAGGAACUAAAUUAUCAGAAGAUUGCGGCAAAUAUGGAGUCGAAAAUCCCAAUGACGAGGUGUUAGCGAAGGCUGCUUCUAUUUAUGGUGAUGCUCGUAAGCAUGCAGAGAAGGAGGUUGAAGAUCUAAACAAACUGUUCUUUAGUCAGGUACUAGAACCAUUGAGAGCUAUGGUAGCUGGUUCUCCCUUAGAGGAUGCUCGUCAUCUUGCUCAGCGCUACAGUAAAAUGAGGCAAGAGGCAGAGAUACAGGCAGCCGAAGUUUCUAGAAGACAAGCUCGGGUGAGGGAAGCUCCCAUCCCAGAGAAUGUGGCAAAGCUGCACGCAGCAGAAGCUAAAAUGCAUGAAAUGAAAGCCAACAUGGCAGUACUAGGUAAAGAAGCAGCUGCAGCAUUAGCUGCUGUAGAAUCGCAGCAGGAGAGGCUUACAUUUCAGAGGCUUGUCGCAAUGGUUGAAGCAGAAAAGCUUUAUCAUGAGAGAGUUGCUGUUAUUUUGGGUAAUAUUGAAGCUGAGAUAGUUUCUGAAAAACAGCGAAAAGAGGCUGCUCCUCCUGUAGCCACACUUCCUGUAAACCCUCCGACCCACAUGCCUGAGAAAACAAAAUACUUUUUGGCUGAGGCUAUUCAUUCUUUUGAAGCUGAAUCAGAAAAGGAGCUAAGCUUGUCUGUGGGUGAUUAUGUUGUUGUUCGUAAGGUGACUCAAUCAGGGUGGUCAGAAGGAGAAUGUCAAGGCAAGGCAGGUUGGUUUCCAUCUGAGUACGUGGAGAAACGACAAAGAGUACCUACUUCUAAUGGAGCAACUGAAGUUUACUGAGACUUCGUCUUUUCUUGCUGCUGGUAUUUGACUGAAGUUUACUGAGACAUGGUGUUUUUGGCUGCUGCUAUUUGUUAACCUGUUCCCAGUUCAUCCAUUUGUUCAUGCAAGAGCAUAGAGUUAAGUGUGUAAUAUAUUCAUAUCAGUUCCUUCAGGGAUAUACUGGAUAGAAAAGAUUAUUCUUUUGGUCUUUUCCUUUCCCCCCUUUGUUUUUUCCGCGGGCAUAGCUGAUUGGAUGAUUGCUGAAAUACAGCGAGUUAGUAUCCUUCCCCUCUACCUGGGAACGAAAAUGGGGCUGUGUAAUUUUGUUUUUGAACAAGAUAGUUGUGAAAUUGUGAAUUAUGAAAGAAACAUUUUUUAUUUA